AAUCAUUUUUCAUCCUCUCUUCUUAAUUUUCCUUUUCCACUCUCUCUUGACCUCAUCAUUAGCCCACAACUCCUCUAUCUUUGGGGGGUGAGGAUGUUAUUAUAAUAUUCCCACCCUUCCAAUCUUCUUAACUUGCUUUUCAAAAUCUACAACCACAAAACACAUACAUUCAUCAAACAAGAGUUUAUACAUAUGUUUCUACAUACAUGUGAUGAUGGUUUUAUUUUUGUAUGUUCCUAUUCUUCUUUCACUUUCUAUCUCAUUCCUUAUCCAUGUGUUUAAGAAGCACAUUCAUCUUUUCUUAUUGGAUUGUGUCACCACUUUCAACUCUACCAACACAAUGACUAAUCACAACUACAAGCUUCAUCCCAAUUCACCCCCCACCAUUAUGCAUAUGCAUGUUCCGGAUUCUCCUCCACCGCCAAAUCAGAUUGGCUUUAUUGAAGAUGUUGGUGAAGGGAUUGAAGGGUUGGUGACUUGCACUAAAAGUCUUGCUAGUUUCCAAAGCAUUGAUGUUAGCGGUGAAAUCGAUGAUAAUGACAAUAAUGAUGAUGAGGAGGAUGAAGAUAAUUGUUGGAGGAAAACAAGGGUGGCAGAGGGUAGAGGAAUCUUUCCUCCACCACUUUCGUCGUUGAAUGGGAACGGACAACCUAGUUUCAUUCUUGUACCGGUAAGGAAAAAUGGAAGGUUGCAACUCACCAAAGUAAGAAUAAAGAGACCUAAAAUUCUCUAUGCUACCCGACAAGAUGGACGAUUGAGAUUGCUCCUUGUUCCAGAUCAAUGUGUAGAAGAUAAUGCACAAGAAGAAGAGCAUGAACAAGAACUAGUAGAUGACACAGAGGAAGAAGACAUGAGGCUAGUAGAAUCAAUGGGGGAAGAGGAAGAGGAUGAUGAAGUCGUUGAAGAGAUUAUUAGUUAUGACUCUGAGGAGAAAGAUGUUAGGAUUGGAGAGUUGAAGUUUCCUAACGAAAGGUCUAGGAAGUGUCAUGAAGUUUUGAAUCAUAUUCAAAGCCAUCAUCAUCAUGGUCAUGGGAGUCAUCACCACCACCUACAUAUGUAUGGAUUUAGCAUUGCGUGACAUCAAGUUGGAGGUUCAUGUGGUGCCCUACUUUUGUUUCAUGGAGUACGUGAAUUUGUGAUUGUAUAUUUAAUUGUGUCUCCUUCAUAUUUAUACUAAACUUGUCACGGAACACACACAAGGAUCGAUGUUGCAUCCAAAGUGUAAAUAUACGAACAUACCGUGGCGUUGUUUCCUUGUUGGAAAAGAUAAGUCCUUUAUGGUACGAAAAUACUAGUGUAAUGUAACAAUCUCUCUACGAAUUUAAAGUAGAGACUAAUUUGAAAAAUUACACAAUCAAAUGGAAAUUAGUCAUUUAA